UAUACCUCUAACCCCUCUAACUUUAUUAAAGAAUUUCAGUACAUUACUCAAUCUUACAACUUGACUUUUCAUGAUGUCUAUAUGAUUCUUACUAACAAUUUACUUCCUGAUGAACGCAGGCGAGUUUGGGAAGAGGCAAAAACGCAUGCAGAUGAAAUUCACCAGACAGACAAAAGCUAUCCAAUUGGAUCUGAGGCAGUGCCUGACCAAGACCCGCUAUGGGAUUAUAAUUCCUCGGCUGGUAUUUUAGCCAGAGACAGGUUUGUUACAUGCCUUCUAGCUGGUCUCAGAAAGGCAGUUUUAAAGCCAAUAAAUUUUGAAAAACUCCAAGAGGUUGUCCAGGAAAAACAGGAAAAUCCAUCUCAGUUUUUACAACGCCUCACGAAGGCUUUGUUGCAAUUCACUAAUCUAGAUCCUGACAAUCCGGAAGCUUCUCAGGUGGACCCCAGAGUUUGGGACGUCCAGAACCCCUCUGUUGCUAAACAUCAUUCUCCCGUUGUCAUCCAGUUACUGGACCCUACCAGGACCUUGCUCUAUCAAGCUCCGGAGGACAUCGGGACCACCCACCUUGUCCCCAAUUCCAGAACAUGAGACUCCACUCCGGCAGCCGAGCUCGACCUCAUUGGAUUAGACAUGGGUUUCUUGUCCUACCCCUGCUGUUCUUCAUUUCCAUCCAGGGAAGUCCUUACAUUUGGAGAUUCGAGGUUCAAGAAACCCCCACAGAUAACAAACAGUCUUUCCAAAUAGGGUCAGGAAACUGCUCCAUAGCCGGAUGUCAGGUACCGAUCCAAAUCGCGAUCAUCCCUGUAUCUGUUAUCCCAUCUAAGUAUUAUGAUCUCUAUACUUGCUUUCUCUUUGACCAGACAGAAGAUUACUGUAAAAAAUGGCCAGACGAAUAUGGGGGCUGCCCAUAUUGGUCUUGUCAGAUACAUAUGCUAGGAUCACGGGUCAAUCAUUUCUUCUUUCAACACCGCAAGACACUUUUCUUCCACAUACAAGACCCGUGGGAUUCCAGGUGGGAAACAGGAGUUGUUGGUAAGCUCUAUCGUAAAAACCAGCCCAGUUCCCCAAUAAGUACCAUCCAUAUUCAGAGAAAGUAUAUCUCAAUCGCCCAACCCCUAGAUAUUGGAAAAGUGGGGGAGAUAAUUAAACACUCCUCUAAGGUCCUUGAUUCUUUAACAGCACCCCUCAUAGAUGGCACUAACUUGCCAUUUCGCCUGUUGCUUCAAACCUUGACCUCAGCAUACCAGCUCCUUAAUGUCACCAGGCCUGGUCGCUUUAAAGAUUGCUGGUUAUGUGUACCCCCAGGGACUGACUCAAAACUGUCACUUACAGCUUCUCCGGUGAUACUGCCAGAUAACCUCACCUCACCUUUUGUUAGCUGUCCUGACUCCGAUGUCACCAUGGCUCCGUACCUUACCUCUGUCCCUCUCUUUGGCAUGGGAAACUGUUUUAAGAACUCUGGGACACGUUCUGUAGGAACAUUAAGCUCCCUAGACUGUAAUAAAACCAUAAGCCUUGAUAUAUCAUCUCUGCCACAAUGCCCUGCAAUCCAGAACACGUCAAUUCUUUGUGGCACUCAGGUAUAUCAUCGCCUACCUGCCAGCUGGUCAGGAGUUUGCACAUUGGUUCUCCUUUUCCCUGAGAUGGGAGUGAUCCAGGGAAAUGAGCCCCUGCCAAUCCCAGUUAUAAAUAUGGUAGCUGCCCGACGUGAGAGAGCAGUUCAGAUUGUUCCUCUUUUGGUAGCUACAGGAAUAGCCAUAGGUGUUGGCACAGGUAUGGCAGGAAUAACAACUUCUCUGGCCCAAUACAAUACAUUUACUUCUCAGUUUAAAAGUGACCUUCAGGGAAUGACUGAAACUGUGCUUACUAUCCAGAAACAGAUUGAUUCUUUGGCAGCUGUGGUGCUUCAGAACCGACGGGGCCUAGAUGUCUUAACAGCUAAGGAAGGUGGUCUUUGCCUGUUCCUCCAAGAAGAAUGCUGUUUCUAUGUCAACCAAUCCGGGAUAGUGAGAAACAAAAUCCAGGAACUUCAGACAGACAUAAAGAACUUCAGAGAUCGUGAGACCUCCAGCUCUGACAUUUUUGAAAACCCUAUAUGGAAGUGGAUAUUCCCUUUUGUAACGCCUCUCCUAGUCAUUUUCCUGGUGUUAUUGUUUGCUCCCUGCCUAAUUAAUCUUGUUUCUACAUUCCUCCAACGGCAAAUGCAAAAAAUUUCUAACCAAACUAUUAAUCAGCUUCUGUUACAGAAUUACCAACCGCUGCCCACGGAAGAGCCCCCGUCCCCAGAUGUAGCUGAUGCCAACAUGCACCAGGUGGACCCCGAUGAUGAAAGUCAUCUAUACCCCAAAAUUGACAACGCCCCUAGACAGCAGGAAGUAGCUUAAGAGACACGGCGCCCACACUCCUUUUCAUCAUCGGGUCCCCCCCACCCCUUUUCUUUUUCUUUUUUAAUAAAAGAAAUGCAGGAAUGUAGGUACCUAAGGCCUAAGAUACCACGCAAAGCAAUGUAUAGGUCCGUUGCCCAGGCAACGGCCGCCAUCUACCCAGAAUUCCAUAGCCCACCUUUACCUGUAAUUACGUCACCACUCCUAUAUAACCUAGCAGCGCUCCUCCCUCUCUCUUUUCCUUCCCUUCUCACUCCCGUUCCCGCCGGCUACCCUUCCCUUCUUAAAUAAACUCCACGUGGAACCA